CCUACUACUAAAAAUAAGGGACCAUUUUUGUUAUUUUUCUUCACCUUCCCCACAACGCCUCAAAUUUUCUGGUUUUCGUUCAGUUCGGCCUGAGAAGGAAUUUCUACCUCAACGAUGGCGGAAUAAACAAAGGAAUCCAUAAGUGCCAAAUCCAGAAUCCGUCCCUGCUCGUCCUGAAGAUGCAAUGGGAGCUUCCAGUGGACCAAGGCGGCUAUCUGGUAUGCAGAAGCAAGCACUUGCUCUAUAUAGAGGAUUCUUAAGAGCAGCCCGCUCCAAGCCUGCUGAAGAGAGGAGGCAAAUCGAGUCAGUUGUAUCCAGUGAAUUCCGCAAAAAUUCCAAGCAAGUUGAUCGUAAGAAUUUUAUUUAUAUCGAGUACUUACUUCGUCGUGGUAACAAACAACUUGAUCAACUCAAAAGCCCUGAUACAGUUGGAUUGUCAUCAUUAAGUGUUGAUUCUUCUUCACAAACAACAGGGUAUUACUACUAGGAUUCAGAAACAUUUAUAUGGCGUUAAAGGGGAUUUUCAUUGAGGCUCGAGAGAUUGAAUAGAUUACAUUUACUUUUCUUCAAUAAAAAUUCAAGCUCGACUUGAUAGUGUAAAAAUUCUUUAGAAAAAAUCAUGCAUAUCCCAUGCUUGAAUGAUAGUUUUUGUAAUAGCGGAUUGUUUCAUAAUGUACGAUAACAUGUAAUAGGUUAGCAUUUUAUCUAUUCUACUUUUCUUCAAA